AGAACAGAUAACUUUCGGCCGGAUACGGAUGCGUGCUCCAUGCGGUUCACGAGUGUACCGUUGGUAACGAACAGCAGGAGGAAAAGCGAAGGAGGGGGUGUUUGUUUGGCCUAAUCGCAGCAGUAAAAUCAUCCGCAGCAGCGCCAGCAGAGCGAUCCGGGGGUCGUGGCCAACAAAUUUCGUGAUGAUCAAAGCGAUUCUAGUGUUCAACAAUCAUGGGAAACCGCGGCUCUCCAAGUUCUACCAAUACUUCAAUGAAGAUAUGCAGCAGCAGAUCAUAAAGGAAACGUUCCAGCUGGUUUCGAAGCGGGAUGAUAAUGUGUGCAACUUCCUCGAAGGUGGCAGCCUCAUCGGCGGUUCAGACUACAAACUUAUCUAUCGGCACUAUGCGACGCUGUACUUUGUGUUUUGCGUUGACUCGUCGGAAAGCGAACUCGGCAUUCUGGAUCUGAUACAGGUGUUUGUCGAGACGCUCGACAAGUGCUUCGAGAACGUGUGCGAGCUGGAUCUGAUCUUCCAUGCCGACGCGGUACACCACAUCCUGUCCGAGCUGGUCAUGGGCGGUAUGGUGCUGCAGACAAACAUGACCGACAUCCUGGCACGGAUCGAGGAGCAGAACAAAUUGCAGAAGCAGGAGGCCGGCAUAUCGGCGGCACCGGCACGGGCCGUCAGCGCGGUUAAAAGCAUGAAUCUCCCUCAGCAGAUCAAAGACAUUAAGCUGCCGGAUCUGCCGCAGGCGAUCAAAGACCUGAAGUUCUGACCAAACCACAAUUUCGACGCGUCGCUGCUCACCAAAAUGGCCGCAGACUCUUCGUACAUUCCCAUUAGUAGCAGCUUGGAGGGGUUUAGCUUCGAGUGCUACCAGUCCGAGUACGUCGGCACGUCGGGUAGGGCCACCGAUCGCGACUGUAGUGGCAGCGAGCGAAGCAACAGCGGGGCUCUGUCACCAUCAAGAAGACAUCUGCGCGAUAGCCACCGGCGGACCAAACUCAAAUCGUCCAAAACCCAUCACCACGCAUCGGCAGUUUCGCCGGUGCCGCGAUCAAGUCUGCUCUCUGGCGCCGAAAGAACCAACGAAGACAUAUUCUAGCAGCAGCAGCAGGAGGAAUAGUAGGGUAGCAGUAGUACGAGGCGUUGAACCACAUAUUCUACAAUCUUAUUCGGUGCUUAAGGCCCCCCCCCCCCCAUUCCUCCCCCGCCCGACGGUUCCAUCUCCGGUUCGGUCGACGUUUGCCACGCAAAUGCAACGCAUUCCGGGAUGGAAUUGCAAUUUUCUGUUAACUUUUUUAAGCGUGCUCUAUUGUCAGUUAUUUGAGUUGCGAGCUCAAACGAGAUUUAUUGCGAAAUCAGCAUUAAACUUUAAAGAAAAAACUUGAACCUCUUCGGAUGAUUU